ACCCCUUUGUAAAUACUCGCUCGUUACCACUACCUAGGUACCAUACCGUGUGCUUGUUGCAAUGCUUUUUUGCCCAACCUGUGCGAACUUGCUCGUUAUAUCUUCCGAGACGGGCUACAACAAAUGGGCUUGUAAUACCUGUCCUUAUGAAUUCCCGAUUUCAAAACAGAUGACCUCCCGCACUCGCAUGAAGCGCAAGGAAGUGGAUGACGUGCUGGGUGGUGACGAGAUGUGGAAGCAUGCAGAUUCUACUGACGCUUCAUGCGACAAAUGCAACAAUUCGAGGGCAUUCUUCUAUCAGCUGCAGAUCAGGUCUGCAGACGAGCCAAUGACUACAUUCUACCGGUGUACCAAAUGCCACUACCAAUGGCGUGAAAACUGAUGAGUCGUCGCCGAUAGCACCUGACGGUGUAUCGUGUCUGAGAUAGCUAUAGUGACGGUGGAAUAAGAAUUACAGGCCGCCCAUGGCCAACACCGUCAUAAGUGUACACGAAUAGUCGUCCAGAGGCUGCAAACUUUCACCUGAUGCCAUUUACCGGGUAAUGAUUUGAUCUGAUAUUUAUCGUGCACGUGAGAAACAGGAGGUUA